GCGGUUUCACUUCGAUUGUCAAUCUUUUAUCGCUUCUCUGUGUGUCACCAACGCUGUACCCUUUUCUCCACACUGCACCAUCAACGACGUCGAGGGACCAUAGGGGGGCACACAGCGACGCAGGGGAACUGAAAUGUAAACGGGAAACGAUUGAUCAUAACCCUCGCACUUGUCAGCCUUUUAUUUCCAGCCGAGUCGCCGUGAGACAGCAGAAACAUAUGGCUCCCUGAAAUAGCUGCUGCGGACCAUAUUGAACUGCAAUUGAUUCACGCCAGAGGGUCAAUAGUGUUAUAAGAUAAAAGCCGGAAAGCUUCCACUCGUGACUAUAGUUUCUAUGAAAUAUAUGUUAUUUUUAUACCGGUGUUUUUGUGCUUUCUUCGUUUUUGUAUGCUUUCGGUGAUUCAGCGCAGCUCCCCUUUCUAACACCCAUCAUAACAAGACUCGGUUUAGCGGGUUGCUUGCUCGGCGAUAAAUUAAAUUAGAUGAAUAAUUCACUCAGAGGAUAGAGGAGUGCGUCGUUUAGCCCAGUCACUCUUCACCGGCGCCCGUUCGUCCCAGUUUGCCUCGGGAUUGGGUCUCUUCGCCACCGGGAGUUCCCCUACCUCGGCUCGGUCUCGUCGUUGUUCUUCCCGGUGACCUGCAGAAGAGCGAGCUCGCGCUCCUCGCUAACAGAUCAUGUCGGCGGAGUCGGUGUUGAUCCCGGACGACCGGGCAUUCAGCAACUUCAAGGAGGAGUGCGGGAGCGAGGAGGGCUGGAGUCUGACCUACAACAAAACUGGCAUGACCGUGUGGACCCAGACUAUAGGAGGAGACGAGGAGAAGUCACUCCACAAGAUUAAGUGUCGGAUGGCGUGUAAAGACGUGCCAGCUGAGACCAUGUAUGAUGUUCUUCAUGACAUCGAGUACCGGAGGAAAUGGGACGCAAACGUCAUCGAAACCUUCGAUAUCGGAAAACUCACUGUUAACGCAGACGUGGGCUACUACUCCUGGAAGUGUCCCAAGCCGCUGAGGAACCGUGACGUCAUCACGCUGCGCUCCUGGCUGCCCAUGGGCAGUGAUUACAUCAUCAUCAACUACUCUGUCAAACAUGCCAAAUACCCCCCUAAGAAGGACAUGGUACGAGCGGUGUCCAUCCAGACUGGCUACCUGAUCCAGAGCCAUGGACCGAACCACUGCACUCUUACCUACCUGGCACAUGUGGAUCCAAAGGGUUCACUACCCAAGUGGGUUGUUAACAAGUCUUCCCAGUUUCUGGCUCCCAAAGUAAGUACAUUCCAGACUGCUUAUGCCUACACUGCCCAGCACUACACUCCCACUGUACACACUCCCAUCACCACAUUAUAAUGCUGAAGCCAGGAG